CUCGGGAGGGAUGCCCGGCUUGAGGAGAAUGAGGCGGGGCUCCCGGCGAUGCUCCCUCGCUCGCUGCCUCCUCUUCUCGGCUUGCUGGGCGGUAGGGGGCCUCUUCGUCUUCCUCCUGGCGCACGACGGAGGCGGCUUCUUAUCAGGGCGCUGCACCGACGAGCAGAGUCACAGGAUCCUGGCCAGGCUGUGCCUUGAUUAUAGGAAAGGAGCCUUGACAGGGGAUCUGUGUGAAGACUUGUGUGUGGCACAGAAAUUGAUAUACAGACGCUGCCUUUAUUACGACAGAGGUAAAAAGGUCAUCCAAGCUGACUGGAGAGGCCGCCCAGUGAUUCUGAAAUCAAAAAAUGAAAUAUUCUCUAGUUAUCAUCCCCUUGGCUUUUUGGAGGAAAUGGAAUCACAAGGCAUCCCAGAGGCAGAACUAUUUAUGAUGGUUGCUUUGGAAGUCAAGAAUGUUCUGGGCUUAGAACUUCCUAAUAACACAGUGGGACCAUUGUGGACAAAGAAGAGAGGCCCACACUGGAAAGCACAGUUGGCGAGCAUGUGGUCUUUACUCCAGCAGGAAGAAUACAUUUACUUUAGUGUUUUACAAGACUUUAGUAAACAUGUUCUAAGGGUCAUUGGCUCUUGCGGCCACUUCUAUGCUGUGGAGUAUUUAACAGCUGGCCAUGCAUGGCACAAAACUCUCUUUUCUGUAGAAGAUGCUGUUGGUGCCUCAUUCUCUGAGAUUGAAAACAAAGCUAAGGCCAUCACUGAAAUUGCAAUCAGCUUUCUGGAUAUGGUAAAUCAUUUUGACAAUGACUUCUCCCACCACCUUCAUCUCUGUGACAUCAAACCAGAAAACUUCGCCAUCCGGAAUGAUCUGACAGUGGUUGCUAUUGAUGUUGAUAUGGCUUUUUUUGAACCUAAAAUGAGAGACAUCCUGGAACAGAACUGCACCAGAGAUCAGGACUGUAAUUUUUUUGAUUGCUUUUCACAAUGUGACCUCAGGAGCAGAAGAUGUGGUGCAGAAAGAGCCAAUAAUAACCUUCAAGUUAUCUGUGAUAAAAUAUUUCGCCCAUGGUUCUCUCUGAAUCUCAGAGGAUCUGAGAUCUCAUUUCCACUGCAGCUACAGUUACAAAAAGCAGUACGUGAAUGUGCACAACCAAGGACCAAUGAUGUGAUCUACCAACACAAUUUCCCAGAUUCUCUAUCAAAGCUAUACCACUUGCUUCGAGCAAGCCAAAAGGAACUUCAGAAAUCUGGCAGCUACCUUCAUCAAGUUCAGCUGUAAUCUUCAUUUUUUGGUUCCAUUCAUUUGAAUUAAUUUCUGCUUAUUGGCUUUUUACUGUGCUUUUGAAAACUGUAAUUGAAUAUGAAAUGUGUUUUUAUUAAUACUCUCUGAAAUGUAAAAUGGUUUCCGUGAAAGCUGUUUUUGCGUUACUCCUGUUUCCCUGCUGAUAUUUUGAAUUAUAUAGAUUUUUCAAAAGACAGGAGUACCUGAUUAAACUAAUGCCUGACCUAAGGACGGAAAAACAUGUUAAUUUCAAAUCUGCUUUGGAGACUGGAAGAAAGAGAGCUGCUUAGCAGGAUUAAUUCUAGUUGUAUUUUAUUUUAUAUUUGAAAAUGGGGUUGUGGGCAAGUUGAUCAACUUAUACAUGUUUUAUCAAUAUAGUGGCCAGAAUCCUUAAAAAUAGUGUGCACAAUUGCAAUUGUGUAAGGAGUUGCACCUUCUAAUGAGAAGUCUGUCAGGUGGCCAGUUGUGAUGGAGCUGGUUGUGCAAACAGUUGAACAUUGGACACCCUGCCAGACGGUAGAAACUUCUUGUGUGAUUACUGUUCACACACAUUUUUUUCCUCAGAGUUCUGGUCAGUAAUUAAGAUCUUCAAUAACAAGAACAUUAACGGCUGUUUGAGUGAAGCACUCUUUUAAAACAAAUAUGGUUAUGGUGCUUUGUCCUAGCAACCAUCAUUUUGGUCAAAAUAUUGACACACUAUCUGUGUGGUUAUGAAUACUAUUAAACUGAGGAGAACAUGAACCAAGGCUGACAUUGUUGUCCUGAAACAAGAAUUGUGCUGGCUGAGGGGAUUCUAUGAAUUUUAGUACUGAAAAAAGAUUUGUUUUCAAGUGUGCAUGCUCCUGGCCUUAUCAAUUGUAGGAUCGGGGUUGAAAACGUCACCAGUAAGCAUUUCCAUAAGCCCCAGCCUGCUGUUGUGAACAGGCACAGGAUAUAUUGCUUGCUGACUUGGAGAUACAGAGGUAGAAGUUAAGUCACUUUCCUCCACUGAGUACUCCAACUGAGGAGCUCAGUUCUCAGCACUAGCAUUUCUGGCACAGUUUCUCCCUCCUGUCCCCUAGUUAAGUCU